UAAUUAAUUGCUCAUUGUGUAAUUGCUGAUUGGACAUCGGUGAACACCGAUUGGUGCAUUGUAAACAGGUUGCAAGUGCCCAGCAAGUAGCUAGUAUAGAAUAGUUGAACAUAGUAGCUAGAAUUAGAGCUCUGGAAGUAGUAAGGAUGGAUAGGGAAUUCUGUCUAACCGACCGAGAGAAGAGAAAGGAGUUAAAGGAAGACGGCGAAGAACUCGGACUAGUAGGAGACAAUUUAGUGGCGUUUAUAGGCAGAGAGUUGGAAAAAUGGAAGAAAUACAAGAAAGAGGAGGAGGAUAGAAUCAAACGCGAAGAGGCGCGAGAAAGAGAGUACGCGGAACGCGAUGUGAGGAGAGCUGAACGCGAGAAAGAACGCGAGAGGAGGAGAGCUGAGCGUGAGAAAGAGCUAGAAGAGCGCGAGAAAGAGCUAGUAAUGCGCGAGUUUAUAGAGAUGUUAGAAGAAAUCUGCGAAGAGAAAGGUAAAACUGAGGAAGAGUCACGACAGUUUAUAGAGUACAAUUUAAAGGGCUGUCGCUGGGGAACAAUAGCCGAAGAGAGAGAGGAAAAGGCUAGAGUAAAGGAGGAAGAGAGAGUUGGGCGCGAACGUGCGCGAGAGCGGGUCGAAAGCAAGAAGUCUGAAAAGAAAAAGAAAGAGCAAACCAAGCUCGAGAAAGAGCGAGAAUUCCUGCGAGAGGUGCGCCGGAUAGGCGGGGUCAGCUUAGAUGACAGUGAUCCGGCCGAGGCAGGUAAUUACAGGUCAGAGCGUGGGGUGGUGCCCGCUGGUAGCUGUUCUAGGUGUGGGGGUGCAGGGCAUGACCCGAGGUCUUGUCCCCAACAGUCCGACAGGCUGAGGAGAUCUGUAGGUGUGAAGUGUUACAGCUGCGGGGUGGUAGGGCACUAUUCGCGCAGUUGUCCCCGUGGUUACGAGUUGCGUGAGGCUGUAACCACGAGGGGGGAGAAGCUAGCUAGCGAGGUAGAUGCUAGCGGCGCAUACGCCAGUGACAGGAGUGCUACCGAGGGACAGGUUAGCGACGUAGGGUCUGGCGAUGCGGUAACCAGCGGCGCGUAUACUAGUGGUAGAAAGGCUGCUGAUGUUAAGGUUAACGAAGUGAAUCCUAGCAAGGAAGAAGCUAGAGGAGUAGAAACUGGCGAGGAGGCCAGCGGGAAGGAGGGAGUUUUCCAAGGUGUGGAGACUACCCAUGAGGGAGGAGGGUUAGGAGAUGCAGAUUUUCCUAAUCUCCUCGUGAGCCAAGCCGGGCACAGUCACGCUGUUAGGCAACUGCAGGUACAGGACCAGGGUCUUUGGAAGGCGCGAGAGCUGGUUAGCGGUACCAGGGCAUUGCAGGCAGCAGGAAGUGGCGAUCGCGAGAGGCGAGUGCCGGUUGGUAGUGUGGAUCAGCUGCAGGCGGGCGACAGCGGUCAUCGUGAGAUGCGAGCGCCGACUGUCGUUAGGGAACCGCUGCAGACAGGUGACAUUGGCAGUCUUGGAGACCAAGUGCCAACUGUCGUUAGAGAACCGCUGCAGGCGGUUGACAACGGCCAUCGUGAGAUGCGAGCGCCGAUUGUCGUCAGAGAACCGCUGCAGGCGGAUGACACUGGCAGUCUUGAGGAACAAGUGCUAGCUGUCGUUAGAGAGCCGUUACAGGCGGGUGACAGCGGCCACCGCGAGAGGCGAGCGCCGACUGUCACCAAGGAACCGCUGCAUGAGAGUGACACUGGUGAUCUUGAGGAACAAGUGCCAGCUGUCAGAGAAGCAGCGCAGUUGCAGGUAGGAGACAGUGACUGCCCGGAGGGGCUAGUGUCAGCUGUCAGGGGAGAGCCGUUGCAGGCAGGGGACAGUGGCAGUCCGGAGGGACUAGUGCCAGCUGUCGAGAGCGUACUGCUGCGGGCCAAAGACGACGGUGAUCCUGGAGGGCGGGAACCGACUGUCUUUGAGAGGCCGUUGCAGGCAGGGGACUCUGGCAAUCUUGAUGAACAAGUGCCAGCGGUCAACGAAGGAACAUUGCAGCCAGGUGACAGUGGCAGUCCGGAGGGACUGGUACCAACUGUCAAGAGCGUGCUGUUGCGGGCCAAAGACGACGGUGAUCCUGGAGGACGGGAACCGACCGUCUUUGAGGUGCCGUUGCAGAUAGGGGGCGCUAUCAAGCACGGAGAGGGAGUGCUUACUAUCCGUUGCGUCCUAGUUAUCACCGUAGACGGCGAACCGGGUCUAGCUGUGAGACCGGCAGUAUCGCCUGCGGGCAGGAAUGGGGAGGUGGGGGCGACUGUACAGACGGUGGCAGUCAAGGUGAGCUCCACACCCAUUGCAGAAUGUGCGGAAACCGCCAGAAGUGACCGCACGGCUGAAGCAGUAGGAUUUAAGAAGCAUGACGAGAUGCAUCUGGAGGUGCAGCGGCUGGAGGAAGCCAUUCGUCGCAGUAAGGCAGCCUAUGAAGAGGCGAGUCGACUAGAGCAAGCAAAGCAGAGAGAGUUGCAAGACUUGCUUCGAGCGAUUGCAGACAGAGAGCGGGAACGUGAAGACACCCGAAAAGCUCUGAAUCGCUUGCGGAAGAAAAUUAGGAAGGAGAGAAACAAACUCAACAAGUUAGUGUCUAAUGCCACUCUGGGUCGGAUCCGGUCAGAUCUGGUCAGUAAGCAAGAGCUGGACAGAACAAGUCAGUCACGUCUACAGCACCAGAAGGAGGCCAGCAAUAUGUAUGCAAACGAGAAGUUUGGUGAGGUGCAGAACCCUAUUCGAAGACUAGAGAAGAAGAUGGGGGAAAGCAACAAGAAGAAGAACGAAAUGGCCAAGGCUGUGUCAGCGUUAUUAGAGGGAGUGCAGAGGCUCCACAAGGACUCAGCAGAGGUGCAGGCUCUCUUAAGGGAAGAGCAAGCCUGGCAUGAAAACACACUGACUGACAUCCAGCAACAGUGGGAGCCGAGAAAGCAGCUGCCACGUGAGAAUCAAGAGAGGCGGCAAGCAGAGGUGGAAGUGGCAGCCAAGCCGCGUGUGGUGCAACAGGUUACCAGCUCCGUCAACGAGAACAGUUCUCAGUUGAAGCCCACCUGUGCGAUGCAGAAGCUGGAGCAGAAUGAGCUGGAGAACUUACGGAUACAACUUGCAGAGGAAAUGGGUGACUCGGAGAGAGUCCGAGUAGGCGUGAAAAUGCACGAUCAGUUGAAGGCGAGGGUAGAAUCGCCGACGUGUGCAUCAGACGGGGGGCUUGCACAGAGACCUACCGCCAGGUCGACAAGCCAGCGAACCCAGCGCAGUAAGAGGUCAAGAAGGCGUGGCCGGCGAAGGCAUGCGUCCUCAAGGCUGGGAGUGGACAGGACAUCACGUGAUGUCAACAAGGUAGGCGGGGCCGCAUCGGUAGAGAUAGGUGAAGCGCUUUUCGCCUCAGGCGGCCAGGGCGAAAGGGUGCAACGUGACCAGAAGCGGGUAGGCGGCACCUUGAUGAGGACACCGCGACUAGGCCCGGUGUGGGAACGUCAACACGUUGCUCAUGGUAACGAACAGGUAGUAAACAGCCUGCGUUAUCAGAAGUCGUUGCACAGGAAAGUAAAUUGGCUAGGUAGCUGCAGAAGUCGGCAGGUCUGAAACAACCUGGAGGUCGACGGAAGCAGAACUAUGUACGAAAAGCCAACUGGGGAGGGGGUCGCCGUUCGUCAAGCAGCACCACGCCCACUUGAGACACAGUUCGGGCAAACGUCGAGGUGUAGGAAAGAGAAUAUUUCGUGCGCAGGAUGACGUAACCCUUGCUUUACAGGGUAGGGUCAAGGCUAGUGAUGUCAGGUCAAGCAUGGUGCCAAACAUAUACGGGCCGAAGGACGGCGUUAGUCGCACCGCAUGUGCGGAGUUAGAGUAUGGCUUGGCCGCAUGGGAUGGUGCGCAAGGAUUCAUUCCGUACUGGGCUGAAUGGAAUCUUUGGAAGGGGAAUGACCGCAAGAUAGAACUAGCUGAGUCACGUGUGCGCGAGUAAGCACACUUCUAGUUUCUGUAAGGUCGUGUAAAUAUUCAUUCGUGUAUGAUUUUUAAAAGUGUGUUGUAGUAUCUCGGGCAGUAAGCAGAGGACACCCAGUAGAGUGUUAUUUCAGGAAAACGGAGAGAAUGCGGGCGAUCGUAAGUGUACCGUCAUAUGGAAUGAUAGGUAAUUACGGGUUUAUUCCUCCGCUGUUGUUCUGGCCUGAGUUUAAGCAAAACCCCAGGUUUUACUCUUGAGUAGGGGGGUGUCAUGAACCAGUCUGGUUCAAGGCCAGAAAACAGCGCCGAACUAGUAAUAGAAACAUUAAAGAGGGGCAGUUAGUACCCUGAGGCGAUACAGGCUGCGGGUGGACAAUAGGGGGUAAAGAUGUUAUCUCCCUUUGGGGUAGCAGAGCCUGGGAAUCGAGGCCGCUUACGAAAAGGGAGCCGCAGGCAUCACUUCACGGGUACGUUACUUCACGGGUGCUAAUGGAAAGUCCCGUACACUCGGUCGUGAGAACAGCGUUUGUUUUCUUUACCACCGACUGGACACUAGUGCUGAAUAGGGGAGCUAGACUUAGCGUCGCGACAGUCGGAGGGUGUGGGAGCCGACCGUGGGAAGAUGAGCGGUGGAUAGAUGAUGGGUACCCCGAGUAUAGCGCGAGGGGGUGUAGUCCCUCUAGUCAGAGUUCGAUAG